GCUCGGCGGAGUGAUCGGGUUCCCACCUCACCGGCCAGGGAUGGAUUUCCCCUACCCCGCCGUAUUACCCCACUACAACUCCUCAUGGCUUAUCCUUAGGUAGGUACCUGCUUAGGAAGUACCUGAAGCUUUCAUCGCCACAGGUACCGAACCUUGCCUAACAAUAACGUCCGCUACCAUUACAGGUACCUCAUCUCUCAUGGUGGGUUACCUCUUAUUGCGGGCAGAAUAACAGAUCGGUAUCUUAGGAGCUAGGUACCAUACCAAAGUCUCGGGCUACCCGUCACGGAAUUGGCCCGAGGUACCUUGGAUAGAUGGUACCUAAGGCAUGGAGGGGAACGAGACCCGCGGUGGGAUGUCCUUGUCGAUGUACCUACGUCACGAAGAAAAAGCACUAGAGCUCGCUCCCUCUCUCCGCAUCGCACCCAAUCCGUCCCCCUCCGUCACCUCAUGUCUCGUGAACUGUUCAUAUAUAGCCUGAAUGGCCGGCGCAACCGAGAGUGGACAAUUCCCAUCCUCUCUAGGCGGAGAAAGUACCUACCGAAUACUAGCAUCGUACUGUUGUCGAUACUGCAAUUGCUACAUCCGCCAUGGCAGACGAGAUUGCCUUCGUGCCCCUGGGCGCCAUCAUCCAAUCCUUCAAGGUCGGCGGCGUGAACAUCGUCCAGGGAUUCCCGACCCAGGAAGACUACGCCGCUCACAACAGCCCGCACUUCGGCGCCACCAUCGGCCGCGUCGCGAACCGCAUCUCCGGCGCCAAGAUCACCAUCAACGGCGGCAAGUCUUACAGCUUCGUCGCCAACAACGGGCCCAACACCCUGCACGGCGGUGACGUGGGCUGGGGCAAGCGCAUCUGGAAGGGACCGACGCCCGUCGGCGUGCGCAAGACUAUUCCCGGCAUCAGCGGCGAGCUAAAGGGCGGCGAGACCGUCGAGUUCGCCUUGACAAGCGAGGACGGCGACCAGGGAUUCCCCGGAGAGGUCGCGGUUAAAGUGUUUUACACGGCGGGCAAGAUCACCGAGGACGGCAAAGAAGUCACCGUCUUGAGCCAGGAAUACGAGGCUGAGCUUGUGGGCGGCGCCGAGGAGACGGUUAUCAACAUGACCAACCACUCAUACUUCAACCUCUCAGGCGGCGCCACGAUAGACGGGACCGUCGUCCAGCUCUCCAGCGCCUCCUACCUACCCCUCGACGAAUGGGGCAUCCCGACCACCGGCCCGACGCUGUACACCAAAGUCGCCACGACGACACCCUUCACUCUGGGAGUCCAGGAACCCGACUUCGACGACUGCUUCGUCGUGGACCCGAAGGCGUCGCCGAGCGAGGUGCCGAUCGACACCCGCGCCCAGCCGCUCACCAAGCUCGUCACGGCCCACCACCCCGUCAGCGGCGUCCACCUCGAGGUCCUCAGUACCGAGCCGGCCUACCAGUUCUACACAGGCAAAUGGAUCGAUGUACCCGCCAUCGCUGGCCUCCCCGCCCGCGGAUCCCGGAGCGGUUUCUGCGUCGAGCCGAGCCGCUUCGUUAACGCCAUCAACGUCGAUGACUGGAGGAAUCAGGUGCUGCUGAAAAAGGGCGAGAAAUUUGGCGCCCGUAUUGUGUACAAGGCUUGGAAGGAGUAGCCGGGGGGCCGUGUGUGUGGAUAUGUUCACAAUAGAUAGCUAGCCUACCCUGUC